GGUUCUCUCCCCGGCGCAGCGGCGCGCUCCUCCCAGGCCUCUUCAACGCCCCGCAAGCUCCCCGCCGAUCGUUGCCUUACCGGCGGCGAGCCGAGCCCUCCUGGCCCGGCGGCUCGUGAACUGCUGCCUCUGAUUUCCGGUGGAUCCUCUUCGAGUCUCGAGGCCUCCUCCUCCUACUCCUCGCCCGUGGCUGUGCAAGGAUGACAUUCUACUGAUUCAACCAUAACUACCUGAAUUUCCAAUGGACAACCUUGCGGACCCGGAAGAGUGUGCGGACACGGAAGAGGGCAAGGUCCUAAAAUUUCAGUGCGAUCUAUGUGACACGGAGGUUGUACAUAGCAUGACACAGCUCUUACUUCAAGCAUUGGCCACAGCUUCAGUGGACAACACCACUGGGGAUAUCUUCAAGAGCCCAUCGUCUGUUGCUGGUGGCAUGAAGACAGAGCUAGCAGGGUACAUGAUUCAGAGAUGUGAACCGAUUCCCGAAUCUAUGGACGGACAUCAGGCUCGUUCAGAUCAAUUAACAAAAGCAUCCAUCUGGCCGACGGAGUUCCUGUCAGACUUGGUUGAUGAUUUUGUGACCUCAAAGAGGAAUAUGAUGAGCCAUGUCUCUGGUUUUUUCUCUAGCGAAAGCCGCCUCAACAAAAUUAAAGACUUCGUGCAAAAGUUAGAGACGGAAAGCGUGUGGGCCGAGGAUGAAAGGAAGGCGACCACAGAGACUAUUCUGAGGAAAACCGACGUGAAAUGCAGUUUCCAUUGCCCUGAGAGAUUUGACAUGCCAGAGAAGCUAGCUGAGCACGAAAGUCAAUGCAAAUUUAGGAUUGUGAACUGCACGAAUGAUGGAUGUGCAGUUUCUUGUUGUGCUGUUCAUAUCGAAAAGCAUGACUCUGUCUGCCCUUUCAAGCUCCUACCAUGUGAGCAGCUGUGCGAGCAACAGGUUAUGCGGUCCAAGAUGGACAAACAUUGUGAAACAGUCUGCCCUAUGAAGCUUAUCAACUGCCCGUUUUAUGGAGUUGGCUGUGAAACAGCCUUUGCACAGUGUUCUCUUGAUAGGCAUUGUUCGGGGUUUCUGCAAACCCACCUGAUGUAUGUCGUCCACGUGAUUACAAGACAGGGCGCUUCUGUUAAUGAUAUGGAUCAACGGUUGCAACUCCUUGAGAAGGUCCAGUCAUUGAAUGAACUCUCUGGGGCUUUAGAUGUCAGGACCCUCACUCUGGUAACAAAAGAACAAGAAUCGAAGAUCAAUAAACUUGAAAAGGAUCUCAAAGCGCAAGAGACAAAGAUGAAAAAACUUGAGAAUGAUCUCAGGUCACGGAAAUGAUUGUUGUCAUGAACUCAUCAUUGCAGCCUUUACGGGAAACCAGGUGGCGCACUUUAUAGUAUAUGUAAAUAAUCGAUAGCAUUACCAUAAGGUCUACCAUCCUGUUGUUCGUUGUCCAUGUACAAAAAUAGGGUGUAGAAAAGUCAGCUUCUUUUUUAGGUCAGUUGAUAAUUUGAUGUAAUUUUUGUUUUGUCACUUAUAUAACAGAGAAAGUACAUGGAUUUACAGGGAUGAGAUGGAUUAGGAUCAUCUGCCCUCUCUUUUUCAUUGGUUUGGACCUAGGUUGGCCUAUUCACAA